AUGCCCGCACCCAUCGACUAUGAUCAGCCGCUGAACGGAACGAUGGCGGCGUACGCGCAACAGCUUCUCGUCUGCACCGGCCAACCAGACUGGACAAGUCGCAUAGAGGAAGACGGCCAGGAUACGAAUUGGGGCGAGCUAGUCCGAGGGUUGAAGCGCCUCCUUGGCCGUGGGGGAAAAUACGCCGACCCUUUCAACAACAUCCUAGUCACCAACUCCUCCUUCCUACCCUCCUCAUCGACCUCCACAGCUACCUCUCAAACCGCCUCCGCUUUUCUCUUUCCCAGCUUCAAAUACUUCCCCUUCAUCCCCGUCACCCUUCCCGAAUCCACUGACGUCAAGACCGACGUCUCCACCUUCGUCCGCGCAUUCCUUCUCCCCAUCGAAUCAAGACAUGGUGGGAAAACCCGUGAAGAUGGCCUUGCCUCCGAGUUUCCAGAUGCAGUCGACCUCCAACAUUCCCCCGUCGUGUUGAUCUGCGGCCACGGUGGGCGUGACAUGCGAUGUGGCGUAAUGGCCCCGGUCCUGGAGAAGGAAUUCCAACGUGUCUUGCUGUCGAAGGGGUAUACAUCAGCGGGUAGCGAUAACAGUGUCAUCGAUAGUCCGGAAAAUGCUCAUAUCGGACUCAUCAGCCAUGUCGGAGGACACAAGUACGCGGGCAAUGUGAUUGUAUAUAUUCCCCCGGGCAUGAAGGAAGCUGGUUCUUCCAACGUGCAUCCGUUGGCCGGCAAGGGGAUCUGGUAUGGACGUACAGAGCCCAAGCAUGUACAGGGGGUCGUGGAAGAGACUAUCUUGGGCGGCAGGAUCAUUACGGAUCAUUUCCGGGGUGGGAUUGAUCGUGAUGGUGGGAUAUUGCGGUUAUAG